AUGGCCACUGCACACAUGCAAUUGACCUACCCAGCGCCCUUCAAUGCUUCAAACAAUCAGCAUCGUACUACACCUGCCGAUCCUUAUCUUCAAUAUCCAUAUAAUUGUUGUGGACCAUCUCACGCCUGGACCUAUCCGUGUCGCGGCUAUCAAAAUCUGCUCGGAACACCGCAAGGCGCCCCAACCGCAACUUGGGCCAGCGGAAGUAAGCAGAGCUGGAACAUCAGCGGCAUCGGAAAUCACUUUGGCGGGUCUUGUCAAGUGGGAUUUUCAACCGAUCAUGGUGAGACCUUUCACGUCGUCACAUCUUACGAGGGCAAUUGUCCUCAUCGCAACAAUGGGGACGGACCAGAGGGUCAAGACUUCGCCUUCACCGUUCCUGCAGACCUCCCGGCUGGCGUGCAGAUCUUCGCCUGGAUCUGGUACAAUCGUGAGCAAGAGUUCAACAUGAAUUGUGCGGCCGUCCAAAUUACUGCAGCACAGGCCAACGGUCCGCCAUCUUCACUCGCAGGCACCUCAAGCACGAAAGGCAAUAACGCGACACCGACUGCGUACUCGGCAGCGACAAGCUCUCCCACUGAGCCAGAACAACCCGUCUUAGCGUACCAGACAGCGAACAAAUGCUCUUGUCAAUGUCUCUUGCCGAUUGAUAUUGAAACGUGCGUCUGCCAGUGCCCGUCACAGGAUACCAGCAAGAAUGCGAGCAAUCAUGCUCGCCAUCUUGCUCAUCAUCUCCACGGUCGCUCAACUUUGACAGCCAUGUCAUUCCACGAACGUCCGCUGAUGCUCGUGGCUGAUGUCGGCAAUGGUUGUCUCACGCCGCGCACAGCAGCCGAAGUGAAGUUCCCGGACCCCGGACCGGACGUCGUGGCGGGUGACGGCAUUUAUCCAUUGCAAUAUCCCACUGGCGACUGUAGCCCGAAGAAGAAGCGAAAUAUGCGUAAUUGA